CGCAGAGACCUGAGCGCGCGUGUUUUCUUCUCUCCGGGCUGCCGCUUCGUCCUCGCCGCCGGGUGUCCGCCGCCGGAGCCGCCGCAGCCCGCGGCGCGCUGCACACGCCCGUGCAAAGGCACCGCGGCCCGGGCGCCCGCUCCUCCUCCGCCCUGGCUUUGUUGCCUCGGCCAGAAGAAGAAAAGUUUCUGUGGAAUAAGGGCGAUCGCGGCCAGCCCUCCCCCGGGCUGUCCCCCGGAGUGAGAGCUCCGGCCCCCCCUCCACCGGGAGCGGCGCCUGCGAGACGGCCAUGGCCGGAGAGCUGAGCAUCGGAGCCGAGCUGCCCACGAGUCCCCUGGCCAUGGAGUACGUCAACGACUUCGACCUGAUGAAAUUCGACGUGAAGAAAGAGCCCCUGGGCAGGAACGAUCGGCCCGGCAGACACUGCACCCGCCUGCAGCCGGCCGGCUCCGUCUCCUCCACCCCCAUCAGCACGCCCUGCAGCUCCGUGCCCUCCUCGCCCAGCUUCAGCCCCACCGAGCAGAAGACCCACCUGGAGGACCUCUACUGGAUGGCCAACAGCUACCAGCAGAUGAACCCCGAGGCGCUGAACCUCACCCCCGAGGACGCGGUGGAAGCUCUCAUUGGGUCCCACCAAGUGCCCCAGCAGCUGCAAGGCUUCGACAGCUUCAGGGCCCACCACCACCAUCACCACCACCACCCGCACCACCACCACCAGUACGCGGGGGUCACCCAUGAAGACCUGGCCAACGGCGGGGACCCACAUCACCACCACCACCACCACCAGGCAUCUCCCACCCCUUCCACCUCCUCCAGCUCCUCCCAGCAGCUACAGAACACGCACCAGCAGCACCCGUCCUCCAGCAGCGUGGAGGACCGGUUCUCGGACGACCAGCUGGUCUCCAUGUCGGUGAGGGAGCUCAACAGGCACCUGCGGGGCUUCACCAAGGACGAGGUGAUCCGCCUCAAGCAGAAGAGGAGGACCUUGAAGAAUAGGGGCUAUGCCCAGUCCUGCAGGUAUAAGCGAGUCCAGCAGAAACACCACCUGGAGAACGAAAAGACCCAGCUGAUCCAGCAGGUGGAACAGCUCAAGCAAGAGGUGACCCGGUUGGCCAGAGAAAGAGACGCCUACAAGCUCAAGUGCGAGAAACUUGCCAGCAAUGGCUUCAGAGAGGCCGGAUCCACCAGUGACAACCCAUCAUCUCCCGAGUUCUUCAUGUGAGUCCUUAAACAAACAAAAAGACCCCCCUCCCCACUGUCCCCUUUCUCCCAUCCUCUGACAUCUCCAUCCAUCUGUCUGCUUGACUAGAGAGAAAGAGAGAGAGACUUAAUACUUGCAGCAUCCUGUCUUAUAGAUUAGCUGUGAAAAAGUAGACUGGGGGUGGGUGGGAGAGAGGUAAAGGCGUGAACUUUUCAUCCGUAGUUUGCCAGUUAGAGAGAAAGGUAAAGGAAGAGAGGACAUGUAAAGCGUUUGCAGAGAUCGCUUGCUUUCAGAGCCUUGUGGACGUUUAGAUGCAAAAGGGACAAUGCACAAGCCAUCUCUAACAUACUGCCUGCUUGGGAGUAAAGCAAAGAGAGGAGACAUGCAAAAAGCAACAUCUCAUGCACAAUUUACCUGCUUGGAAAGGAGAAAUCAAUAAAGGACAAUAUAUGCAAACUCCUCAUAUAUUGCCUGCUUUGAUGAAUAGUUACAGGACUCAGAUGGGACAUUACGAGAAAAAAAGAAAAAAAAACUCAUCAGUUUUAUUGCCUGCUUGAUUAUAUAGAAAAAAAAUACGAAAAUCUGCAUUAAAAAUAUUAAUCCUGCAUGCUGGACAUGUAUGGUAAUAAUUUCUAUUUUGUACCAUUUUCUUGUUUAACUUUAGCAUGUUGUUGAUCAUCGACCAUAGCUUUUUGUUUUGUUCGUUUCAUUGAUAAGAAAAAAAAAAAAAAGCAUCACAAGUUAUCAAAACUACUACGCGCGCAGUUCUGUUCGUGGGUUCUCUCUCUCAUUUUCUGUUAUGGUUGUUAGCUUGUAAAUCCCUGCCACAUCCAACCGCACAGGAAAACAAAAUAACAUUUCAGCAGGCUGGUUAUACGGUUUGUUUGUUAUUAAAAGUAAAGAGAUAAUAAAAGUUAUGGGCAUUUUGCAUUUGCAUUCAGAAAAAAAAAUCAACUUUGUAUAUUUGGUGCACUUUUAAGUUGUAAUUCCCCCCCCCCCCCCCUCAGUUUUCAUUUUGGUUUUUUGUUUGUUGGGGCAGAAAAAGUAAGCGACUCAACUGCAUUGACAAACCCAAACUUACAAGGAAAGGUUAGAGUCCCAGCAGUUUAUAUCCCAACUCCACGGUUUAAGUGGCAGUGAAGCUCGUCUUGCCUUCAGGACAAUGAUCAGCCUGUAGUGGUUAGGUCUGACCAGAUUCUCCUCUCUCCGAUCAUACACUCAGGAAACAAAGAAUUUUACAAGAGAUUGUUUUCUUUUAAGAAACAAUUGCUUCUGGAUUUCCAAACCCGCGACGACACGAGUCAGUUGCCAGCUAAGCACAGCCGUGUCAUGAGUUUAGUUAGGUUUAUCCAUGGUGAGGGCAAGGAGGAAUGAGGAGAAGGUAUAGAAAACUCAAACGUCUUUUUCAAGAAGAGAGACAUACCGCAACUUUUAAGUGUAUUCUUUUGCAACGAUUUGUAACCUGCUUCUCUGCUUCCCAUGCAGUGAGUGAAAGUUUUAGCCAAAAUUUCUUUGCAGUUAUAUAGUAGUAGUUUGGAGUGUUAUGGGUGUUUUUAUUACUUUUUUUUUUCCUCCUGCAGGUCAGUAAAAGGAUUUUACGUUGCACUGACAAAAAUACCAAAAUGAAAACGUAUUUUUUAGUUUCCUUUUAGGAUCGCUGGCACUGCUGGCCGGAUGCAUUUUAAGUUUGUAUUAGUUUAUAAAUUAACAGUAAUAACAAGAUUGUAAUGAACAGCAUGGUGCUUGCAGUUUUAAAUAUUGUGGAUAUUAGUCAUGCAUCAGAAAACGAUCUUUGGUUUUUACUGAUUCAACUGUGUUGAAAUCAAAACAUUGCAGCAGCGGAAAAAAUGGUUUUUAUUUCAUGUAAAGUUCUGAAGGGAUCAAUUUCAAAUCCUGCUUAUGAUAUGAAAAUAUUAAAAACCUGGUCUAUUGUA